AUGUUCGACGAGAACUUCUCCUUCCUUUCGUCUACCACAAGUCCGUCGUCUUGCACCUCGAACGAUACAGCUCCAUCAUCGCCGGAUGUGUCACCAUUGUCCUCUCGCUGCUCCUCACCACUACCGCAGCCUUACAAGCAGUUCUCAUCUCUUGCGUAUCGUCAGCGGGACAAUCGAUUCAAUAUCCAUCCAAGCUUGAACCAGGCCAACGUCCCUCGACACCCCUCUAUCACCGCCUUGUCAACCGGGUUUGAAUCUCAAGUCCUCGACAGCUCGCCGGACUUCUCGACCUCAAACCCCCCAUAUUCCAACGUAUCCACACCAAACACCGAAUUGGACGAUCUUGACGAAGGCUUUGCUGAACUUGAUCACCACGACACUCCCUCAUUGGGUGACAACACAUUCGAUCCCUCGCUGUGGGACCUCAGCAUGGCGGACCUCAACACAACAUCUUAUCCUUCGGAUGCCCUUCCUUCCUUUGCCCUUCGGAGACGCCAACGUCAAGCUCUAGUACGAUUGCAAUGUCUAGCCAGAAGGACGCCCAAUCUAGCAAUGCUGGUGGAAGAGUGUCACCCUAGCUCGUUGCCGCUAAUGGACAAAGGACGAUCGAAGAGUAUAAGCAGUGCUAGUGGCAGAAUAGAGAAGGAGAAAUCAAGUGGCGGAAGUGUGGUGAAGAGGAUGCCCAGGAUGAGGAAGAGGCUUACAAGAUAG